UUACAGCAUUGAAAACCAUGGAGACCGUAAAAGUUAGCUUCUUAGUAAUCGUUGCAAUAGUUUUGGUUUCAGGUGUAGCUCAAGUUUCAGAGGCCGUGGGUACUUUUACCUGCACAUACCCAACAAGUCCAUGCUAUGGCAAGAAAAUAGAGUGCCCAUAUGAAUGCCCCUACACUUCCUCCUCAGACCACAACGCAAAAGUUUGCUAUGUAAAUUGUUAUUCACCCGUUUGCCAGGCUCAGUGCAAACACAAGAAAGCUAACUGUGACAGCCCUGGAUCCGCAUGCUAUGAUCCUCGUUUCAUUGGUGGCGAUGGCAUUGUCUUCUACUUCCAUGGCAAGAGCAAUGAACACUUUAGCCUAGUUUCUGACCCCAAUAUGCAAGUCAAUGGCCGUUUCAUUGGCCACCGCCCAGCCGGCCGCACCAGGGACUUUACCUGGAUUCAGGCCUUGGGAAUCCUUUUCAAAUCUCACAAAUUCUCUCUUGAGGCCACCAAGGCUGCUGAAUGGGACAGUGAAGUUGACCAUCUUAAGUUCGCUUGCAAUGGCCAGGACUUAGACAUCCCAGAAGGUCCACUAUCCGUCUGGCACUCUGAAGGAAAAGAAAUUAAAGUGGAGAGAGUUUCAAGCAAGAAUAGUGCCAUUGUCUCCCUGAAGGAUACAGCUGAAAUUUUGGUCAAUGUGGUGCCAAUAACCAAAGAAGACGACAGAAUCCACAAGUACCAUACUCCAGCUGAUGACUGCUUUGCUCACUUGGAGGUUCAAUUUAGGUUUUUUAAUCUGUCCGCAAAGGUUGAUGGAGUUCUUGGCAGGACUUACAGGCCUGAUUUCGAGAACCCAGCUAAACCUGGUGUGGCAAUGGCGGUUUUGGGAGGCGAAGAGAAGUAUAAAACCGAUACCCUUCUCUCCACAGAAUGCGGUGCUUGUGUGUUCUCAACAGAAAGUGACGGUGCAGACCAAGUGAUCACAGAAGUGAUAGAGUAUGACACCCUGGACUGCACCCGCAGGUCCUCUGCAGGAUACGGAAUUGUUUGCAAGAAAUGAAAGCUGAAAAAAGUUGCUUGCUAUCCAACUGAAUAAGAGUAGCUUCGUUACUGGAAUAAUUGCUACAGAUUGCCAAAAGAUAUGGCAUUUUGUAAUGUUGGGUACUAUCGUUUAUUGUGCUAAGUAACAGUCUUGUUAUGUUCUUAUGGUGUAAUGUUGGUUUCAAUUAGUGCAAGUCAAGUAUAUUUGUUGAA